AUGGGUAAAUUCUGUGACAGCUUACUGGAGAACAAUGAUCAAGUUAUCAUCAAGGAUCUCCAGCAACAAGUCCAAUAUAUUCAGAAUCAAAAACAAAUACUUGAACAACAAAACCACGGACUGCAAAACGACAAGGAUGCAAUGAAAAAUGAGCUGGAGGAAAUGCAAAAAGAACGGGAUGCAAUGAAAGAAAAGCUGCAGAAGAUCGUAACUAUGUCCAACACAAUGUUGCAGGCCCAAGAACAACACAAGUUCCUGAUAGAGAAGACUGCAGUCUUGGAAAAGGACAGCGAUACAAUGAAAAAUCAGCUGUUGGAAAUGGAAAAAGAAAGGGACUCACUGGAACAAAAGCUGCAGAAGAUGGAUACAAUCUCAAACGUUUUGAAAAAGGACAGGGAUGAAAUGGAAAAGCAGCUGCUGGAAAUGGGAAAAGAAAGGGAUGAAUUUGAAAAACAGAAACAUAUGAUGCUGGAACAAUUUGAAAUUGAGAAGAACAAAAUCAAAAAGGCCCUUACAAUGCAAGUUCAAUCCCUAAUGACCGAGAAGGGCCAGCUGCAAAAGUAUCUGAGCACAACUGAACAAAGGCAAAAGGCUAUAAUUGUUCAAAAAGAUGCAGAAAUACGCAGCCUAACCAACAAGCUUUCCCUCACCAGCAAGCUUUCCAUCCAACCGCAACAUACCAAAGAACCUCAAAAGCAUUUACCGGUUCUCGAGACUGAUUCCUCUUUGCUCACACAAAGAAGUGAGGAAGCAAUACAUAACAUCACACAAACGUACACUGAUCAGAAGAUUGAGCAAGUGGUCCAUGAAGUUACACAACUAUAUGCUCAUGCAGGGAAAGAUUCUGAAGAGGACAACAAAGAUGAUAAUGCAAAACAAAGACCACGAAGGCAAAAAAUGGAUGACAAGUAUUACUAUGGUUCAAUCACAAAGGAUGGUCGCAAAAAAGAACAAAUUGUCCUUGUCGAAAGUGACAAGCCACAAGCAGAAAUCAAGAAACUUGAUGACAAGAUUCCUCCCCUAGGAAAAAAGGCAGACAUUCUCCUUGCAUUGCUACCUGACGAAUGCCAAGAAACAAUCAGAAAAUUUUGGGAACUCGAGGAGGGAUGGUAA